GUUCGGCGCCUUCGAAGUAAGUUAGCGAGACAAAAAAAGGCGCAUUCAGUUGGUAUCCCGUGGUCAUCACAGUGAGGUCAACGCACUGUCGUGGCCCCUCACCGCAGUUAAAGUUCCCUAGGGAAUCCUACAUCGUACAGCACCAUCGCCGUACCCGCACACACCAAACCUAACUCACAAACAGCCGACAACAACAUGCGGUGUGCUACUAGUUUUUCUCGCCGUGCGCGUCUCUCCUGCGGCAGACGGUGCAGCGCUGUGCCUGCCACCGCCACCGCCUCCGUGUCAUCGCAUCUUAUGCCGGCACGGCAUCCCGCGUUACGUGGGCACGUUGGGCACGGGGCAGCGGUGGUGGUGGUCGGUGCGCUGCGUGUGACGCGUCUUCUCCUGCGUGAACGUCGAACGCUUUCAUCUUCGGAAAUCGUCGAAGUCAGCCUGCAUGCGCAAGAGCUCUCGAGAGACGCGCACGGUUCCUCGUCGUUGGAGCUAAACCUAUUGGAGGACCCGACGGCGGGCCUGGCCAGCGGCCCCGCGGAGGAGCUUUCCCCGACCGAGCUAGAGACGCGCGUGCGGGUGCUCGUCUCCAGUUACGCCCCGUCGAUCUACCGGCUGCUCUACACCCCUUUCAUCGACGUGGUGGGGGUGCUGGUCCGGGAGAAGCUCGUGCCUGAGGGCGAGGAUGCGAAGCGGACAACGACGAUGACGACCAGCACGAGUACUACAACGGCCUCCCCAACACCGAGCACUUCGCCAGCGUCGAGUGGAGCCAGCGCUUCCAGUUUUGGCGGUGGAGUGGGAGUCAUCGCCACGGCCGCGGCAUCGCCUCCUGAUCUCGUGCGCAGCGCGACGGUCUCCACGAGCUACCGCCCGGUUCGGCCGGAGGAAAUGAUGUCGCGCUGGUUUACCGACGGCGCGGCGACGCUGAAGCACCCGCAUGAGACCGCCGAGGCGAUGGGCAAACGGCGGUGGACACACUUCUGCCGUGCGUUGGAGGCCUACUGGGCGGAGAUGGAGGCGGUGAUGCCUCUCACCCGUGUUGUGCGCCACCACCACCUCCGCGAGGACCUCUACGUCCCGCUGCUUCGACAGCUCGCGAUGGAGCUGGCUGACCCAACAAAGCGCACGGCGGCGGUGACGACGCUGCCGGGGUUUAUUUUGAGUUUGGCGAAUGGCCGUGCACCGCGCUCGCUGGGCCUGCCGGAGCGCGACGUCGACCGCAUUCGCCUUGUCUCGAGCCUCUUUAUGGGCGUGGCGCAGGAGGCCGGCGACACCGAUCUCGCCUACCUGGCCCUGCAGCUGCUCCGUGCAAACAACAUGGAGACGCCGUUCGCGGCGCAGAAGCAGCUGACCAACGUCUUCGCGGCGGCAUCGCGGAUUGAGACGGACUGGCAGAUGCGUGGGGCUAGUCUUCUCGUGGGGUGCUACCGCAAGUGGCUCGAGUACUUCCGCGAGGUGCAACUCGAUAAUAAAGCGUCGUUGGAGCAGCUGGCGGCGGUGGAGGCAAGUGUGGGAAAGACGGGCGACACCGCGCAGGAGGCGGAAACACCGAAUGGCGAAGAGAAACAGGUCGCACCCUCUUCCUCUUCCGCUGCCGCAGUGAAGAGGAUGAAGAGCAAAGCGGGCGGCAAUCACCCCGGCAGUGCAAAGCCCCAAGGAACAGGGACAACACGUGGGGAGGAAGUGAAGGCAGAGAAGGAGGAGUCAGCGGAGCAGUACCGCUACUUCACCAGCCGCCGUCAAGAUGAUAUUACCCGCAUCACCGCACUGGAAGAAAACAUCGAGGCGGCGGUGCGUGGGCGAGCGGCGGAGCUGCAGGGCCUGCGCGUGCGUCGACGGAAACAUCGCAGCGGAGGCCAAGAAAAGGUGGCGCCAGUGGAUUCCACGGACACGGUGCGCACGAACACCCCAUUACAUGGGGACGAGGACCCGCCGCGGAGUUCGCAAGAAACAACAGAGGCGGUCGAAGAAUACACAGGGGAGGACGCCGAAGAUGCGCACGGCAGCGCCGAGAAAUCAGGCGCAUCAUCGUCCGCGAAGGAGAAGGGCGCGGAUGCACGCCGCCCACUCACAACUGCGUCACCGCACCGACGCCGCCAACUCGAUGCCACGGAGGAGCGCCGCGGUGGAACGGCGACCAGCGUAAAGAGGUCGAGAAAAUCUGCAGGUGCCAAGAAAGGCACGAAGGCUUUCGAGGCGGCGGCGGACGAGAGCAUCUUGAGUUUUUAG